AUGGCCCCUUCUCUGCUAGGUGGAACCGCUGCAGGACUCCUGGCUGAGGACCUCUUGGAGAGUCAAGAACGGGGGCCAUUUGAGUGUUCAAAGGAACGCGCGGAUGCCUAUGGGGACUACGACAAUUCCAAGGAGGUUGACGAAGCUAGAACUCCUCAUUCACCCAAGCCCUGCAACGGUCUUGACGUGCAGGACCGCGGCGAGAAGAAGUCGCCACGCUCGGACUCUGGGUACCAUUCUGAUGGGGCUUGUGAUGCAAGAGGGGAGCAAUAUGAUGCGAGACGAUGCCUCAGCCCGGAUACGUUGAGACUCGCCGAUGAGAUCUGGGGCAGUGAGAACUCUGAUGAGAACCCGCCGCCUCCUCCUGUUGACGCGGUCAAUGAGACUGGUCAAGGUCCACAACGCUUUAACAGAAAGCGCGCCUCUGCUUUGGUGGAAGACGAUGCCCUUGCCCAUCACGGUACCGACAAGACGAGACAGUGCUCUCCUAAGCGCAAGUCAGCAGUUGUCGAGGACCCAGCGUCUGAAGUCAGACUUACUGAAGUCAAGAAGAAGAGAUUGGAGGCUGUGCUCUAA